CUGUGCUAUGGCAUGGAGGACGCCGUUGAUGCCUUCAUGGUGCGCGUAGAGGACGGCCAUGACCUCGAGCAGCCGACCAACAUGAAGAACAGAGUCAAGAAGUUCGUCAAGAAGGUCUCCAAGCUGUUCCGUAGUGGCAAGGCUCUUCAUCAGAUCUCCAACGCCAUCCAAGAAGCUCAAGAUCUCGCCAAGGAGUUGACCGAUCUCCGUGAAAGUGAACAUGUACAAAGAUAUAACCGAGCUUGUUGGCAUGGAAGAGGAAAGGGACGCGCUGAUUUAUAGGUUAGCAGAAGGUGGCGAGGGGUCAAAGCAACAACUGAAGACAAUUUCUGUCGUCGGGCUAGGCGGACUGGGCAAGACAACCCUUGUAAGAGCAGUGUAUGAGAAGAUCAAAACUCAGUUUGAUUGCUGGGCUUUUGUUUCAGUGUCUCGAACUCCCGACAUGAAGAAAAUUUUCAAGGACAUGCUCUAUGGACUUGACGAGCACAAGUUUGAAGAAAUACAUAGCACAUCAAGGGAUGAAAAGCUGCUCAUUGACAAACUCCGUGAGUUUCUUGAGCACAAGAGGUACCUCAUCGUAGUUGAUGACAUAUGGGAUGAGAAAAUAUGGGAUAUUAUCAAGUGUGCUUUAUCUAGCAACAAUCUUGGUAGUCGAAUAAUCACAACAACUCGCAGCAUCAAUGUCUCUGAAGCAUGCUGCUCUUCUGGUGUUGACAUAAUUCAUAGAAUGAAACCUCUUUCCGAUAGAAACUCCCAGAGGCUCUUCUAUAGAAGAAUAUUUCAGAAUGAGCAUGGAUGUCCCGUUGAGUUGGAAGAAGUGUCCAUAGAUAUCUUGAGGAAAUGUGGCGGGGUACCAUUAGCCGUUAUUGCUAUCGCUAGUCUACUGGCUAGUAAUCAACAGAUGAAGUCAAAGGAUCAAUGGUGCAAUUUGCUCGAGUCUAUUGGGCAUGGACUUAUUGGAGGUGAUGUUGUGGAGGACAUGAAGAAGAUAUUAUCAUUUAGCUAUUAUGAUAUGCCUCCCCAUCUAAAGAGUUGUUUCUUAUAUUUAAGUAUAUUUCCAGAAGACUGCGAGAUUGAGAUAGAGAGAUUGAUUUGGAGGUGGAUAGCUGAAGGUCUUAUCCAUCAUGAAGAACAAGGGAAGAGUUUAUUUGAGGUUGGCGAGAGUUAUGUCAAUGAGCUAAUAAAUAGAAGUAUGAUCAUGCCAGUAGAGAUUGAUUGUGACAAGCUGCAAUCGGAGGGUGCAUGAAUUAAUGAUCAAGUGGUUGUCUAUGAUUCAAAAUAUAUUGUAAUGUGGGUGGUGAUCCCCAUAGCAAUACUCAAGUUAAAUAAAGUACACCAAAUGGCAUUCCCUUCCAAAAAAGAUGGCCAUGUUGUCCCUACAGAGGAUCAGAGCAAUUCUUUGUUGUGGAGAUGAAACACAUACAGGAAAGACGAAAUUGUCAAACCAGAAACUAACAUAGAAAACCAGUUUGAUAGUAGCCAGGGCAAAGGAGUUAGCUCUUCUUCCUCCUCUUAUCCGGGAAGUAAUGAGCAGGACGAGGAGGAAAACGCAAUGUUGUCAUCCUUGUCCCUUUGUGGGAUAGUCAACAAAUUAGGUCCAGGCGCGACCUGCGGUUAUCUAGCUUCUUAAACAAGAUCAAGGAGAUGGUACUGAAACAUGUGACCACAAACAGUCAAAAAUUUGUCAUAGUUAAAGUCUGUCACAAAGAUGGUUAUCUCAAUGAUGGAACACAGUGGCGGCAGGUUCAUCAAACAGAUGGAUCUUAAGAGUUUGAUAGAUGGACUCUCUAGUGCUCCGAACAUUCCAAAACUCAACUACACUGUGGUUUUCAGCACUGCCUCCAACAGUUUUGGAACCACAUCGAAGCUUGUCAGGUGUAGUAUCGUGUCCCUCAUGAAAGAAGCAAAAGAAUUGGAUGUCAUGGUGCCACCUGCCUCUGCAUAGCUAUUGUUCGUUUCCAUAUAUUUAAUUAGGUCGCUGCAAAUGUGUGAUCAAUCUCCUCGUCAUGCGAAAAUGUUAUGUAUUGUUUGUGUUCGCGAUUAUGAUCGUUUGAAUGAAGAAUUGAUGGACACACAGCAAUAGAAGUGUGCCUCAGAAAUCUCAAGUUUAAGAACUACCCAGUACUGGUGUGUUUGUAAAACAACUACAAUUACUCCAUUUAU